AUGGAAGUGUCAGGGAAUGACCCGGUUGAAUCGUUUUUGAACUCGCUUCAGGUUGUGAAGAAUGCGUUUUCGCCUAUAGAAUCUAAUUUCGGAAAGGCGGCAAAAAAUUUGGAGCAUUGUUUCUCUGGUGUUUCCAAAAAUGGAAAAUUGAUUGCAAAUACUUGUAACGCUGAUAUUGAGCUGAUGACAGCUCAGUUGAAUGUGAAGAAAAAAUUUGGUAACGGUAGUGGUCAGUGCGUGGUGGUGAACUGUGGUGAGAAGAGUAAAGGGGGUCUUUUUACAGGAGAUCCUAUCAAAUUUUUUGUUGGUAUAUUUUCAGAAAAAUGUGGAAGUAACAUUGAUAAUGAUAAUAAGAAUAAUAGUAUUAGGCAUGAUGAAGUUGCUCAUGUGAAUGUGAAGAAGAAACGAUUGAAGGAGAGGUAUGGGAAUGCUAGUGGUGGGAAAGUGGAUAAGGUUUCAUGCACAAAUUGCUUGCAGUUUGCAGUGGCGUGGUCAUCUUUGAUUAAUAGUUUUGUUCAAGGCUUUCCAAGCCCAUUUAAAGCUGGGAAAAAGAGGGUUCAAAAGACAUGUAAUGGGGUUGGUGUUUGUUCUGAUGAUUCGUGUGUGAAACCCAUGGUUGCAGGUGAACUUAAGCAGAAUGAAUCCAAGGGUAAAGAAGGGAAAGAUUUGCCUUUUGAGUGCUUUUUUGGAUUUGUGUUUGAGCAGUUGAGUCAGAGUUUGCCAAAGUUUGACGUGUCUGCUCAAGAAAGUGAAUGCAGGAGUGGUGACGCUGCAGCUUCUACUCCAGCUGACCACAAUCAGUUUGAUCAUCUGAGGGCUCUUGCAAGUAUUUUGGAAGGUAAGAGAGCAGACGUGAAUGGAUUUCUUGGGAACUUGAUGUUUGCACGAGUGGGAGGUAUGCCAUCGAAUAUUUUAGGAGUGCCACCUUCUGUGAAGGAAGUGAGUGAUGAUGGAGUUGGCACUGGUAUUACUCAGGAAGAGAAUGGAGACAAUUCGCCACAAAGAUUGGCUAAUGGGUUGCUUAGCAUACCAUUGUCCAAUGUUGAACGUUUAAGAACGACUCUCUCCACUGUGUCAUUGACAGAAUUAAUUGAGCUUUUACCCCAGUUAGGGCGACCUUCCAAGGAAGACCAUCCUGACAAGAAGAAACUAUUCUCAGUUCAGGAUUUUUUCAGAUAUACAGAAGCUGAAGGAAAGAGGUUCUUUCAGGAGUUGGAUAGGGAUGGUGAUGGGGAAGUCACACUGGAAGAUCUUGAAGUUGCUAUGAGGAAGAGAAAACUGCCCAAGAGAUAUGCUCAUGAAUUCAUGCGUCGUACUAGGAGUAACUUAUUUUCAAAAUCAUUCAGUUGGAAACAGUUCUUGUCCUUUAUGGAACAGAAAGAACCGACCAUUCUUCGAGCUUAUACCAGCCUAUGUUUGAGCAAGUCUGGAACACUUCAGAAAAGUGAAAUUUUGGCAUCACUAAAGAACGCAGGACUUCCAGCUAAUGAGGAUAAUGCUAUUGCCAUGAUGCGCUUUCUGAAUGCAGACACUGAAGAAUCUAUAUCAUAUGGGCAUUUCCGGAAUUUUAUGCUUUUGCUACCUUCAGACCGACUUCAAGAAGAUCCACGGAGUAUCUGGUUUGAGGCUGCUACUGUAGUGGUUGUGGCUCCGCCAGUACAAAUUCCUGCUGGAAGUGUUUUAAAAUCAGCAUUGGCUGGAGGUCUUUCUUGUGCAUUGUCUACAGCUCUAAUGCAUCCUGUUGACACCAUUAAGACACGGGUACAAGCGUCAACUCUUACCUUUCCAGAAAUUUUGUCGAAGCUUCCUCAACUUGGAGUCCGUGGGUUAUACAGUGGGUCUAUUCCAGCUAUUCUAGGUCAAUUUUCGAGUCAUGGUUUGCGAACUGGAAUUUUUGAAGCAAGCAGACUUGUUUUAAUUAAUGUUGCACCAACAAUUCCAGACAUACAGGUUCAAUCUGUAGCAUCGUUUUGUAGCACUGUUCUGGGGACAGCAGUGCGGAUACCCUGUGAAGUGCUAAAGCAAAGGUUGCAGGCUGGUCUAUUUGACAACGUGGGGGAAGCUAUAAUUGGAACUUGGCAGCAAGAUGGUCUUAGGGGAUUUUUCCGUGGGACUGGUGCCACUCUGUUCCGGGAGGUUCCUUUUUAUGUUGCAGGAAUGGGCCUUUAUGCUGAAUCAAAGAAGGCUGCCCAGCAACUUUUAGGACGGGAAUUAGAAGCAUGGGAAACAAUUGCAGUUGGGGCUUUAUCUGGUGGGCUAACAGCUGUCUUGACAACACCAUUUGAUGUGAUAAAGACGAGAAUGAUGACUGCUCCUAAGGGACGGCCUGUGACAUUGUCAUUCGUAGCAUUAUCUAUUCUGCGUCGUGAAGGGCUCCUUGGAUUAUUUAAAGGAGCUGUUCCUCGGUUCUUCUGGAUUGCUCCAUUAGGUGCCAUGAAUUUUGCUGGUUAUGAGCUCGCAAAGAAGGCCAUGGACAAAAAUGAGGAAACUGUUGAGCCACUUGUGCCGAAAUAA